GGCAUGGUGGCUCACGCCUGUAAUCCAAGCACUUUGGGAAGCAGAGGCGAGAGGAUUGCCUGAGUCCAGGGGUUCGAGACCAGCCUGGGCAACUUGGAUGUGAUGGAGCUGCUUGAAGAAGAUCUCACGUGCCCAAUUUGUUGCAGUCUGUUUGAUGAUCCUCGAGUUUUACCUUGCUCACACAACUUCUGCAAAAAGUGCUUAGAAGGUAUCUUAGAGGGGAAUGUACGGAAUUCGCUAUGGAGACCAUCUCCGUUCAAGUGUCCCACAUGCCGUAAGGAAACUUCAGCUACUGGAGUUAAUAGCUUGCAGGUUAAUUACUCCCUGAAGGGUAUUGUGGAAAAGUAUAAUAAGAUCAAGAUCUCUCCCAAAAUGCCAGUAUGCAAAGGACACUUGGGGCAGCCACUCAAUAUUUUCUGCCUGACGGAUAUGCAGCUGAUUUGUGGGAUCUGUGCUACUCGUGGAGACCACACCAGGCAUGUCUUCUGUUCUAUUGAAGAUGCCUAUGUGCAGGAAAGGGAUGCCUUUGAGUCCCUCUUUCAGAGCUUUGAGACGUGGCGUCGGGGAGAUGCUCUUUCUCGCUUGGACACCUUGGAAACUAGCAAGAGGAAAUCCUUACAGUUACUGACUAAAGAUUCAGAUAAAGUGAAGGAGUUUUUUGAGAAGUUACAACACACACUGGAUCAAAAGAAGAAUGAAAUACUGUCUGACUUUGAGACCAUGAAACUUGCAGUUAUGCAGGCAUAUGACCCAGAGAUCAACAAACUCAACACUAUCUUGCAGGAGCAACGAAUGGCCUUCAACAUUGCUGAGGCUUUCAAAGAUGUGUCAGAACCCAUCAUAUUUCUGCAGCAGAUGCAGGAGUUCAGGGAGAAAAUCAAAGUAAUCAAGGAAACUCCUUUACCUCCCUCUAAUUUGCCCACAAGCCCUUUAAUGAAGAACUUUGAUACCAGUCAGUGGGAGGACAUAAAACUAGUGGAUGUGGAUAAACUUUCUUUGCCUCAAGACACUGGCACAUUCAUUAGCAAGAUUCCCUGGAGCUUUUAUCAGCUAUUUUUGGUAGGCCUUCUGCUAAGCCUUGCCAUUUUCUUUGGUCCUACCAUAUUCCUGGAAUGGUCAUUAUUUGGUAAACUGGCAAUUUGGAAGGACUAUCUUUCAAACUUCAGUUUUUAUCUGACUAAGUCAGCUGAUUUUGUAGAACAAUCUUAUUUUUACUGGGAACAGGUGAAAGAUGGGUUUUUCAUUUUCAGUGAAAGAUUCAAGAAUUUUACAUUGGUGGUGUUGAACAAUGUGGCAGAAUUUGUGUGCAAAUAUAAACUACUAUAAAAUCUGUUU